AUGGAAGCCAGCGAGUGCCUGGCACUGCUCGAUCGUUGCAAGACACUGUCCGUGGCCAAGGACAUCCAUUCCCGCAUCCAAGGAAACGUCCACAGCUCCGCGGCCAUCGCCAACAAGCUGAUCGAGGUCUACGGCCGGUGUGGGAGCAUCGACGAUGCACGCAGGGUGUUCGAUGCCACCGAUGCCAAAGACGCGGUUUCGUGGGUCGCGAUGCUCUCUGUCUACACUCGCAACGGGCAUCCGGAAGAAGCCAAGCGCAUGUUUGAGAACAUGCCAGAUCGAUCUCCAGCGUCCUGGAAUGUCAUGUUGCUUGUCUACGUCCAAGCUGGGAAUCUACAAGCUGCAAGGCAACUGUUUGAAGAGAUGCCGGAACAGACUCUAGUGUCUUGGAACACUAUGCUCUCUGCGUAUGCCAAAGCCGGGCAUCUUGACACAGCGAAAGAGUUGUUUGAUGCAAUGCCGCAUCACAACAUCAUCUCUUUCUCAGCUCUCCUUCCCGCGUUUGUGGAGAAUGGGCUCCUUGACGAUGCCAGGAUCUUGUUUGAUUCCAUGCAAGAGAGCAACCUCGUGUGCUGGAACACUCUGCUGUCGGCCUACACGCGGCAUGGGCACCUCAAGGAAGCGGCUCUCCUCUUCGCCGACAUGCCGGCACGGGACAUUGUCUCCUACACCGCACUCUUGUCGGCUCUCUCGCAGCACAGCCGGCUAGAAGAUUCUAAGAUCCUCUUCGAGGAGAUGCCAGAGAGAAGCAUCGUGUCGUGGACCGCGAUGCUGACUGCAUAUGCCCAAAACGGGUGUCUGGCGGAAGCGAAGGAGAUAUUCGACAAGAUGCCGGAGCGUGACUUUGUGUCAUGUACUGCUAUUCUUGCGGCGUACAGCGAAGCUGGGAUGGUUGACAGAGCAAGGUUUUGUUUCGAUCGGAUGCCAGAGCGGAACAUGGUUACUUGGACUACCAUGCUUGCUGCAUAUGCCCAGCGUGGGCUUGUUGACGCCGCCGCCAAGUUGUUCCAGAAAAUGCCCCAGAGUGACCUCAUAGCUUGCAACACCAUGGUAAGCGCAUACGGUCAGAGCGGGCGGCUGGACGAGGCUGUACAGGUGUUUGAAGUGAUGCCGGUGCGAAGCCUGGUGACAUGGAAUGCUAUGCUAGCUGCUUAUGCCCAAAACUGUCAUCUUGAGAGCGCAAAGAAGGUAUUUGAUUCAAUGCCUAUGAAGGAUCUCGUUGCCUGGACGGAAAUGCUCGUAGCUUAUGCCCACGCUGGUCAUUUGGAAGAAGCUAAGUGUGUCUUUGACAAAAUGGCACAGAGGGAUGUGGUUUCCUGGAAUGUAAUGGUUACUGCGUUUGGCCAAAACGGCUACCUGGUUGAGGCCCAGCGGUUGUUUGAAUCCAUGCCGUUUCACAGUGUGAUGUCUUGGAACUCCAUUCUGGUUGCAAACAGCCAAUUUGGUGAAUUGCAGGGGUCGAGAUUAGUUUUCGAUGAGAUGCCAUGCCGUGAUACUGCUUCCUGGAGUGCAUUGCUCUUCGCUUAUGCCCAACAUGGACUUGACCAGAAAUGCAAGUUUCUAUUCGAUAGAAUGCCGGAGAAGUCUGUUGUCUCAUGGAACUCCAUGUUAGCCGCAUACACAUACAGUGCCGCAGAAGAAGCGCUUCUGAAGGGAGGAGACAAUUCCUUUCAAUGUACGCGGACUUUGGGCUAUAUCAAGGAAAACAGCAUUUUCACCUCGUCCUCGAUCACUGGACCGAAGCCAAGGAUGGAUUUCCAUCUAAACCAAGCAAUGCAGCUUUGGCGAAGAUCCAGGUGA